CUAAAUUUCUCUUUUCGAUACAUAAAAACCACAUCUAUUCUCCGCCCUUUUGAAACCCCCAAUUGCUCUCGCUCUUUCUCCGUCGCUCUUUCUUUCACGUCUUUUACGAAAUCUACCAUCGGUGAUUCGAUCUAUACAGAUUGAUGGCGUCGUUCGCGGAGGCUCCAGCCGGAAACGCCACCGCUGGCGAGAAGAUCUUCAAGACUAAAUGCGCUCAAUGUCACACCGUCGAGAAAGGCGCCGGACACAAACAAGGACCCAAUCUUAAUGGACUAUUUGGAAGGCAGUCUGGAACCACUGCUGGAUACUCUUAUUCAGCUGCUAACAAGAACAAGGCUGUCAAUUGGGAGGAAAAUACAUUGUAUGACUACCUGCUGAACCCCAAGAAGUACAUUCCCGGAACAAAGAUGGUUUUCCCAGGACUGAAAAAGCCACAGGAGCGCGCAGAUCUUAUUGCAUACCUCAAGUCAUCGACCGCAUAAUUUUUUUCUUUUAUGUUUUAACACCAUUUUAAAGUUUUUUUCUUGAUGAUUUGAGGUGGUUGGUUGGUUAUAAGGGGAUAAAUUUGGAUUAUCUUUUCUGUGAAGAAUAAGGGGAGAGGACAUUCAUCAUCUUUCAUUGCUCCUUAAAAUUUUGAGCACUGCUUUAUUCAUUUGGCAAGAGAUUGCCUUAUUCAUCAUCAUUCUAUAUAAUGUUUGUUAACUUAUCAUA